GAUGAAGAAGCAGAGAGAGAAUGGAACAUCUACCCCCGCGGCGUCCCCGCGUGCUUGCGAGUGUCGGAGCGCGAGAGCCAAUGGAGAGAAGCCUUGUGUGUGUGUGGGGUGUGUGUGUGUGUGGGGUGUGUGUGUAUAUAUAGGGGCGGGGGCCAAUCGCGCUACGAUGCGCAAUGUUCCACUUUGCGCUCCUAUAAAGUAAAGUGCACGACGAGCGGCGAACACGAGUCUCAGCUGUGGCUGUAGGCACGCUGUUGCUGCUGCUGCUGUGUGUGUACACCACACGUGCGUGUGUGUGUGUACGGCAACACGGCUAUAGGUACACGAGUGGACGCGCUUCAUUCUUGACGCCCGACGUAAUCUCCCUCCCUCUCGUAUAUGUGUGUCAACCAGCGACUCGGUUUCCCAGUGCGACUCCGCGUUUCGAGUUGCCUCUCUCUCGCUCUCUCUCCCAGAGGCGCGAGUUGUAGCAACAGGUAACAACUCGCCCACAGGCAAGCAGCUGGAGAGACAGAUACACAGAGAGAGGGACACACGCGCAACUGAGAGCUAUGCCAGUCUCGCCGCGGAAGGCGGUGCUGUCCUUGCUGCUGCUGCUGCUGGUGCUGUGUGGGACAAACUGCGCGGCUCGCCCGGGGGAAGGGGGGCGCUGCCCCCCGCGAUGUCGCUGCCAGGAGGAGCCCCGCGUCCUCAGGGUCGACUGCUCCGAGUUGGGGCUCACGUGCCUCCCGGCGGGCAUCAGCCCGCUCACCACCUUCCUAGACCUGAGCAUGAACAACCUGACGUCACUGAAGCCGUUUGCAUUCAGCCACCUGCCGCUACUGCAAGAACUGCGAUUGGCUGGCAAUGACUUGGCCCAUGUACCUAAGAGCUCCUUUGCAGGACUGGGCAGCUUAAGAGUGCUAAUGCUGCAGAACAACCAGCUGAGGGAGGUGCCCAGAGAGGCACUGCGAGACACUGCAGGGCUCCAUUCUCUACGCCUGGACGCCAACCACCUGUCGCGCUUGCCGGCGGGAAGCCUGCGCGGCGUGGCCGGCCUGCGCCACCUGUGGCUGGACGACAACGCGCUGACGGAGGUGCCCGUGGGCCCGCUCAACGAGCUGCCAGCCCUUCAGGCCCUCACGCUCGCCCUCAACCGCAUCGCGCACAUCCCCAACGGCGCCUUCCGCAACCUCUCCGGCCUCGUCGUGCUGCACCUGCACAAUAACCAGAUCCAGAGCCUUGGUGAUCGUUGCUUCAAUGGCCUGCACAACCUUGAGACUCUGGAUCUUAACUACAAUCAGCUCUCUCAGUUCCCAAAGGCCAUCAAAGACCUGCCUAACCUUAGGGAGCUAGCAUUUCACAGCAACAGAAUCGAGAUGAUUCCUGAGCAUGCAUUUCGGAGCAACCCGCUCCUCAAAACCAUCCAUUUCUAUGACAAUCCCAUCCGAGUUGUGGGGAAGACUGCGUUCCAGAACCUGGCGGAGCUGCAGACUCUAUUGCUCCGUGGGGCUGCUGAAGUCGACUUUCUGCCGAUCCUGAAUGGCACGACGAACCUGGAAAGCCUCACUCUAACUGGGACCAACAUUUCUUCACUUCCCCAAGACUUCUGCAAGCAAAUGCACAAGCUGCAAGUGCUAGACCUGUCUAAUAACCACAUCCAGACUCUUCACAGCCUCCAGGGAUGCCUGGCUCUAGAGGAGAUAUCUCUGCAGAACAACGAAUUGAAAGCAAUUGGGGAAGACACUUUUCAAUAUCUUGCCUUCUUGAAAUCACUGGAUCUGAGCGAGAACAAGAUCCAAGAGGUCCACCCACAUGCCUUCCUCACCCUGCGCGGCCUCAGCAAACUAGACUUGAGUUCCAAUGGACUCUCGUGGGUGCCAACGGAAGGGCUGGAGGGACUGGUGCACCUGAAGCUGGGGGGAAACCCCGCACUCAUCCACCUCAACCCCACUCAGCACUUCCCUCACCUCCGGACACUGGAGGUGCCCUUUGCGUACCAGUGCUGCGCUUAUGGCUACUGUGAGACGCCUGUCUCUGGACAAAACCAGUGGCUCUCAGACGGAGAGGAUAUCCAAAAGAGAGACGUUCAAACGUACCUUGGCCAACCAGACAUAUACGAUCUGGAUUCUGAUGAGUUCUUCUUGGAGCUGGAGGAUGACCUCAAAUUACAGCAUACUGUGCAUUGUACACCAACGCCAGGGGCCUUCAAGCCAUGCGAGUACCUGCUGGGCAGCUGGAUGGUGCGCCUGGGCGUGUGGUUCAUCUUCCUGCUCGCUAUCUCGACCAACGCCGUGGUGGCGCUCGCCACGUUCUGCUCGUGCCAGCGGCUCACCUCCCUGCGCCUGCUGCUAGGCCUCCUGUCGCUCGCCAACCUGCUGACGGGCGUUUACAGCGGCGCGAUGGCCGGCCUCGACGCCGCGACCUACGGCCGCUUCGCCGAAUUCGGCGCGCGCUGGGAGACGGGAGUUGGCUGCCGGGCACUGGGAUUCACGGCCGUGUUCGCCUCCGAGUCGUCCAUCUUCCUGCUGGCGGCGGCCGCGCUGGAGCGGGCCCUGAGCGUAAGGCGGCUGUCCAGGCACGGCAAGGCCCCGUCGAUGCUGCCGGCCUGGGUCAUGGCCGGCAUCGUUCUGGCGCUAGCGGUGGCCAUGGCCGCGUUGCCUCUGUUCCACGUCGGCAACUACGGGCAGUCUCCGCUCUGCCUGCCACUUCCCAACGGAGACAGCUCAUCCCUGGCUUACCUUGCCACGUUGGUGUUGCUCAAUUCGCUCGCAUUCCUCAGCAUGGCCAUCACCUACACCUGGCUCUACUGCUCACUGGAGAAGGAAGAUCCACUAGAUCCCAGCGAAGGGGCCAUGGUGAAGCACGUGGCCUGGCUGAUCUUCAUCGACUGCGUACUUUACUGUCCCGUGGCCUUCUUUUCCUUUGCAGGACUGCUACGUUUAGUCCUCGUGGAGCCUGAGGUGCCCAGGACCCUACUUUUACUGCUGUCCCCUCUCCCUGCCUGCCUCAACCCUCUGCUCUACCUGCUCUUCACCCCGCUCGCACGACAGGACCUCAGCCACCUGUGGAAGCGGCUGGUGUGGCGGCACUACCGCGGCCCUGAAGACGCCGGCUGCGACAGCUCCUCCACCGUUUCUGCCGAAGCGACGCAGCUCUCGUCCGACCCGCUGGUGCAGGAGGUCUGGAAGCCACUGUGGUCACCGGGGGUGCGGCUGGUGCCUUGCCAGCAGAGCAGGCGAGGGGGAGGGAGGGGUUCGUGUGACUCGGCCUACACAGACGAAGAGGGCUCGGUUAUCUCCGACGCCUCGUCCGAGCAGCUGCAAGCCUGCACCCGGGCCUGCUUCUACCAGCCACGGGGGAAGCUGCUGCCCUAAGUGGUGCCGGAAAAUGGACACGUGCACAACACACGAAAAGCAGGCGGGCAGUGAUGCAGCUGCCACUGCCAGACAAGAGCCUCUGACCAUUCAUUCGAGUCAUCGCGUGUUAUGCGAAGCACCAAGGAACCGUACAUGCUCGCUUAGGGCACUCUUAUAAAGAAUGCCGAUGUUUUUCCAUCCAUCCUUCCUGACUCCAUUACCACACUUUACCCACCUCCCCUUGCCCAUGUUGCCGUUUUGACUAAGUAGACACUUUUACAGAUGUAACCUGAUGUAUAAUCUGCUUGCAAGUAUUUAGUUGAAUGCUAACAGCAUGGGUUAUUUCCAUCCAGUUCAGUAACCGUUGUUAUCUAUGACUCAUUCAUGAAGGAGAAUCACAAUGGCGAUAGAGAUGAACCGUCUGUGAUUAACAAACGUCAUAACCGUACAAACUAGUGUUGAUGGUGUUUUGUGGAAAGGUUCCAGGUGUGAACUUCAGAAAUCCCACAUCUAUGGCCCCAACUCCCACACUUCUGCUCUACUUUCCCAACUCCACUGGCUCCUUGUCCACUAUCGCUGUUUUUUUAAAUUUCUCACUCUCAUUUAUAAAUCCCUCCACGGUCUUGCCCCACAAUUUCUUGCUUCUCUCAUCUCUCACUACCCUGUCCCAUCCCAUCCUCCACUCUCCCAAUGUCUACCGUCCCUCUCUGUGCCACCCUCGCCCUGCGUCCAGUCUCGCUGUCCCGCUCCUCUUCCCGUCUCGCUCCCCUACCCUGGAACCAGCUCCCACUGCAGCACACGGAGCAAUAAUCCUUAACCACCUGCUUCCACUCCUCCCUUAAAACAACCCCCCUCUCUUCUCCCUUGCCUGUCCUACUGAUACUCCCUGCCCUGGCCCCCCAGGCUACGACCAGGCCUACCCCGACCGCUGUCACAAUCCCUAUUCCUAUCACUACCCCUAUCACUACCCCUACCACUAUCCCUGUCACUACCCUGACCGCUGUCACUACCCCUACACCAAUCCCUCCUUAAACACGCCCACCUGUCCUCCUUACUAUCACCCAAACUACACCACCACUUUUAAUAACCCCACUCUUUUUUACCACUAUCAUCUAAUAUACAACUUUGAAUAAGUGUAAAGCGCCUUGGACGAAGGCACUAUAGAAAUCUAUAUAUGAUAAGAUUUCUACAGCUAUUUACAUGUUAACACCUCUAGCCCACAAAACAUUGUUAUUGAGACCCCAGUGAUAUUUGCCUUCAUAAAAGAUUCAAAUAAUGGUAUUCGUGGUCUGACUGCAAUCAGCUAGCAGUGUAAUCGAAGGUCACGCUUUGACCUGAAAUUUAAUUUCUUGUGAAAGAAUUGAUAAUAGGGUUGAAAAACAAGCUGCAAUACUACCCUUUCAUUUUCAAUCAAAGAAAACAUAUUCUGCUUUAAAUAAACAAUGAUGAAAACCCAAUAUUUUUUCUUCAACAGUUAUUCGAAAGAACAGGGGGAAAGAAAGGUGGAAUAAUAUGGAAAACGACAGAUUGCAACGUGGAGACUCAACAGUGCAGAGAUGCAAAACGUUCAUAAUUUGACAUUAAUUACUUUUCAGCUGGCAGAUAUUACUUGAUAAGUAAACCGUUCAAAAACAAGCCUAAUUAAAUCUGAAUAAAGCACGUAAAGAAGAUUCAUGCGAUACACAUUUCACAUUUUAGUUGGUAUGUCAAUUUGCUUAACACGACAUUGUUCUUAUGUUGGCAAUCUGUUACUGCUGCAUCUGCUGCUCUAAAACCACGUUGAUACAAACGUUUAAACAAACCUUUUGCAAUCACCCAUUUUCCGAUAUGUGGUGUAUAAACAACAGUUCAUAAUUUUAAUAUCUUCACUCUGCUGCAUUGAAUUGACAAUGUUCAAAUGAUUAUUUAAGGACGCAUUUGAUCAACAAUGCAAAUUUAACCGUGGUAUUUUUAAAAAAAUAUAUAUUUGUUAUCAUAUGCUGAUACUUGGUCAAGUAAGAAGCCGGAUAUAACCUUUGUUUAAAACAUACCACUGUUAAAGCAUUGUAUAGAGAUAAUCAUAAACUAACCAACAAUAGUUAGGUUAACAUCUAUAAAGAGUGAGGAGGGGACUGUUUGAGAUCCUUUCUGACAGCCGUGGCUAACAAUACAAGCAAUCGGAGUGUACAGCAUUCUUAAAAUGUUUGUGUCUGUGCCUGUGCACUUGAGACUCAAUGGGUGUUGUAUUGUGGGAUGAAUGCAGAUCCAGACAUGCCCAUUUGUCCACGCCUCAUUACCUAAUCACGUUAUUCACCAACAUCACUGUAAUACCUUCAAGAAGAAACAUGACUGCAACUGACACCACAAGCUUACACAUAUAUACCUACUGUGGCCGAAUACACAUUUGCAAAUAACUCACACUCGUUUUUACGAAUUGGGUGAGCACUAUCUCCAGUAACCUGGACAUUCUGUAUAUUAGACCGCCACAAUAUGUAGAAUUGGAGUUUAGUUGUUGUCUAGAAUGUAUAGCAAAUGAAACUAAUUUAUUUUAGCUUUGGAAGCACGAGAUAAAGCCUACACUAUUCAGUCCAGCGGGCUGAAUAGUGUCAUCGUGGAAGAAGGCAUUCUUCCUUGGAACCAUUAAAUGUCAUGUAAAGUGAACGCUUUUUAGCGAUGUUUCUUAUCAGACAAGCUUCUUUGAUGUGACAAGCACAUUUUUGCUGGAGUGGAUCUGAUAUCAGAAACUUUGGAAAAUUCCUAAAGCGUGUGCAACGGUAAGACCAGUUAAACAGCCAUAUUUUGGGGGAAUGGUUUAUCUCUGGCUUCAAUUGCUAAAUACGUUAUAUUAUCCCAAGUGCUAUCUUGGCUGGAGUGCAUUCCACAAACCACUGGUUAUUUAAACAGGACAGUUAUCAAUUGUGCAAUACAUUGCCGAAUUAUGAAACGAAAUAAUCAUAAGUGAUUCUCAGCAAAGGUCUUCACUGACAUACAAGGAGUUAUGACGGCACCACAGUAACAACAGAACGCUCUUACCAGUAUACUUUUAAUGAAUUUAAAAUUAACUAUAUUUUAGGAAGUGCAUAUAUCCAGGAAAAAAUGUAAGCAAAGUCUAUAUGGGUACAGUAUAUUUUUUAUAUACAUAUUGAAAUUUAACUGUACUAACUUGUAUUUAUUUUUAUGGUUGAGUGAUUAUACCUAUUGUUACAAUUGUGGGGUAUAAUGCAACAGAGUGCUUUACAGUUACCAUAUUACAUACACAGUAAAGUCUAUAUUAAAUGUAAAUCACAGAUUGAUUUAAAAGCAUGCAAUAUAAAGGGAACUGCUGUGAUGUUUUUUUUGUUUUAUUUUGUUUUAAAGAAAACAUGCUGGCUAUAUCUACUCUUCGCCCGUUAUGAUAGCGUGUAUAUACCGUGUAUUUAUUCAAAAUGUAGAGACUCCUAAGAUUGUUGAUACUUUGAGGGAUGUACAGACUCAGUCCUCUGCUCGCCUUUGUGCUGUGAUUGCUAAAGGAUGCUGUAGAUGAAUACAUUAAAAAAGAGAUGAUCUAUUGUCUAUAUAUUAAUAUUCAGUGAACCGUAUCCUAUUUUGUUUUCAGAAAUCGUUUCUGGCAUUUUGUAUUUUGUUGAAGUGACAUGGGCCUUUAUAUUACAUUGAAAAUAAACUUUAAAAAAAUCCUCAGCAAUCAAUGUCUGCCAUUUUUAUUGCGUGCAAUAUUCAAUCCUGCCGUCCGAAAGAAUAAGAAGACAAAUCUCAGAUGGCAGUCUGGAACUUGAACUACUUAUGAUCUCAUCGGUGUUGGUUCAUUACUCUGCACAAGCAUUAACAUUAACGCUCGUGCUUAAGAGCUUUAAAAUCCUGCGAUGGAACAUUAAGGGAUACAUUUCAUGAGGCUUGACAUUUAUAGACUUCAUAGACAUGGGCUGGAUUUCAAUUAUUAUAGCGCACCGUUCUUUUAAUUACAAUUUAAUGUCAGUAAAUUAGAAUGAGGAAAAAUUACUAUACAUUUAAGAGAGCAUGUUAGAGGUGAUAUAAAACUGAUACAUUAAUAAGCCAGAUCUAUCAAUGCCCUUUAUUUAACUAGUUGAAAGCUCUUUAUCAUUUGUGAUAUGUUUUUUAAACAUAAGAUUGAAAAAACAAUGCAUAAUCAUUCACACUGCCUUGUGACUGAAGAGCACAUACCAUAACAAAUCCACUUUCUCUGAUGCCGAUGCCAUGCUUGUUAAAAGGGAGUGUUAUACAAUACAACAAAUACGAACGCUCAAUAUAAGAGACUAUAUGAUCUGCGUUUGUCUAUCAUGCAUUCUGCCACUUAUGUAUAUGAUGAACCUUGGGUAAAACUCACUACUCGGAGUACAUAUUUUACCAAAAGGUUUUGACUUGAUGAUAAUCAUUUAGGGGGGGUGGGGGGUGAGUCAGCCUUCAGCAGGGAGGGGGCUCAGCCCCCUCCAGCCCCCACCCCAUGCCUCAUGAAUGACCCUGACUAAGCCAAUGUAGUUUGUUACCACCACAAAAAAAAUGUCUUCUAAUAAAUGUGGUUCCAUUCCCUCCAAAACACCCCUCCUCAUAUCGCA